AUGCAGUUUACCCAACCCAAGGACGAAAAAUUACGGCCGGAAUGGCGGUGCUUGCGAGAAGAAGCGGUCGGCGUUUUUCAGUCUGACUCAAGAAAAUAUCGCGAGUUUCCAACCGACACCGUUUUACAAAGCGUUCAGGACAUGUGCGCUGAAGCCCAGAUUCCUGGUCGCGAACGGUCAAUUCCGUUCGUUGGGAUUGCGCAAACACCAGUAGUUGGGGAUGCAGAUGUCAUUGCAAACUUUGAAUCGGCCAAGCAAAAGAAAAUUCCUUGGGUGAGGUUGGACUACUGA